GCUUACAAAACGCACUAGGGCGAUGCGAUUUAAUGCUGAUGCGGAACGGUCUUCAAGACCGUUGGAUGGAGGGGCGAUCGGGCGGCUGAACGCUUGCCAGCGGAGCGAUCCGCGCCAAGGAUACCAGAUCGCACGCCCGAGAUGCGGUCAACCCUAGGGAAGCGCACAACGCAUCGGGAGGGAGCGGUUUGGCUUAGGGCAAAAUUACCCGACCGCCCCUGGAGGGUGCGGUCUGAUGGGUAUAAAUAUCCCCCUCCCCCUCUCAUUUCUUCACACCACAACCCAUUCUUCCUUCUCUCUCUACAAUUUAUCUCUCUAAACCCUCCCCCUCCCAAAAGUGUAGGAAAUAGUGGUCUGUUGGUUGCGGCUAAGUCCGAUCUGCCAUCAGAAAAUAUUUCUUAGGUUUUUUCCUCAAAACCCGCCGAGCCGAGCCGAAGAUCUGUCCGAAUUGCGCCGAAAAAAUGGCCGAUUGGUGGCAAGGAGAAGGAGUUUAUGUUGAUGAAUUUCAAGCGGUACGUACUCAUUAUUCUGGUUUAAUUUUUGUUGUUGUUAUAAGUUUUUUAAUUAAUCUAUGUACUAACCUCGUUGUUAUUUUCUCGUAGGUUGGGGAGGACGUGGAUAUAUACAACCAACGGUACUAUUCUAGAGCAAGGACCGUUGGAUCCAACCGACUUGUACGACCAACCCAACCAUCGGUCAAGUGAUGUUUGGAACGCUCACCCGGUACAUACAAUUCUUUACCAUUUGUCCUUCUUUUAUUUUGUUAAUGUAUUUAGUGGAAUAUAAAAUAAUUUUAUGUUGAAUUUUUAAUCGUGUUGGUUGUUUUCAAUAAUUUAAUCGAAUACAUAGCGCCACUUACUUCGACUCUUUAUAAAGAGAUGCACGUCUAAGGAAAUGAGGUUUUAAGCGAUUAUCAUAUCCUCCCAUUCCCUGGGGAAAUCGGGUAUUAAGAGAUCCUCGGAUCCCCCUUUUUCUGUCAAAAAGACUGCGUUUCUAAGAAGAUGUAUACCUAUUCUAAGAGUCUAACGAGUGUUGCUUUGUAUUCGAUUAAAUUAUUUAAAACAACCAACACGAUUAAAUUAUUUAUCAAACAACCAAUACGAUUUAUUUUGAUGUGUACAAAAUGAAUUUUAUUAAUUUCAAACAUUUGAAUAUGUAUGUUUCUCUUUAAUUUUAAACAUUUCAAACAUUUGAAUUUUAUUAAUUUUAUUAAUUUCAAACAUUUUGAUGUGUACACCAUACGAUCAACUCUUCUCGUGCCAUCCAUGCAAGUAACGUUAGUGCACAUUUGAUGGAGGUCUUCAAGCAGCGGUCUGGUAGCGACCUUUAUCUUCUGAAAAUUGUCACCUACGUAGGUAACCCCCUUUCCGGUCUCUUCCGUGUAACCAUUCCACCGUAGUUCAGUUAAUAUCAUAAAAAUAAAAAAUAACAAUAAAAAGUAAUACUAAAUAAACUUACGAGUUAACGUUAAUCGCAAAACUACUAAAGAAAUAUAGAGCUACAACAGAAAAUUUAAAAGGGAGAAGGAGAGGUGUGAAGAGAAGUGGUUGUCCGGGAGGCAUUUUAUAGGCAAAAUCACUGAUGAAAGUUUUCGUCUGCCAUGCAGGCCCAUGCAGACCCACGUCUGUUGCGUCUGCAUGGUAUGUCGGAAAUUGAUUGACCAAAACCGCACCUUCAAGGUGCGGUUUGUAUGGCAAAAUCGCACCAUGAGGGUGCGGUUUUGUUUGGGAGAAACAAACCGCACCUUCAUGAUGCGGUUUUAAUAGGUCAGGCCAAAACCGCAUCUCGGCCAAGCGGUUUCUGUAGGUCAGACCUAAAACCUCUUGGCCAAAAUGCGGUUUUGGUCCAGAAAUAGGGAACGCACCUCUAAGGUGCGGUCUAUUAAAAAAGGUGCUAUUAGUGUAAAUUUUUUCGGAUGGGUGCUAUUUUUGUAAAAAAAAUUUAAAGGUGCUAUUUCUGGAAAAAAAUCCCUUAUUUCUAGUCUCUAUCGUUAUAUAAAGCAAAUGUUAACAAUUAACAUUAAUCAUCUGCGGAGUCUAGUUUUUACUAAUUUGUAUUGUUGACAUCUAAUAUCAGCAACAUACCAUCAUCAUGAACAUACUAACGUUUGAUAAUCGAAUGUGAAAAUUGUAGUCUCACUGUCAACUUGAUCGUUCACAAUAUUAAUGUGAGCCUUUAUCAAAAUUACAAACCUAAAUAAAAUAUCCCAAUCAAUAAUCUGUAUGAAUUUGUUGAGUAUUUAUUAAAUCUAAAUUUAUAUGGCUGAUUGUUCAUUUUUUUGUCUUAUAUCUAAUUCCAAAGAUGAAUUAUGACUAAUUAUGUACCCUAUUCAACCUGUUCCCACUUUCCAGACCCUUCAGGAACAAUAACAGAGCUAGAGCCAAUUCAGUUACUGGAAACAUCUAGCUCCCCUGUUUUUUUUUAUAUGGAGCGAAAACAGAGCAUCCCUCCCAUCCAUUCACCAAUUCCGCGACUCACCAUUUCUUUUCUCCAAAUUCAGUAUAAUCAAGCUCAAAGUAGCUCAGAACAAUGGCCCCAGCUCUCUCUCUAUCCCUCCCCAACUUCCCCGUAUCCAAAUUCCACGACAUUUCCAAAUACACCCACAUCCCAAAGAAAAAGCUCUUCCCAGGAAAUCCUCUAGAACCAAAACUAAACCGGAGAAAGCUAAUAUACUCCACCACUACAAUCGGAAUAACCCAUCAGGUCAUGAGUUCUGGUUGCAAGCCAGCAAAUGCAGAGCCAGAGUCUCCAGUUGAUGCAACUUCCAGCAGAAUGUCAUACUCCAGAUUCUUGGAGUACUUGGAAGACGGCGAGGUAAAGAAAGUGGACUUGUUUGAGAAUGGAAGUGUGGCGAUCGCAGAUAUAUUCAAUCCGGCUCUUGAGAAGAUUCAGAGGGUUAAAAUCCAGCUCCCAGGUUUGCCGCGGGAACUGCUGAGGAAGAUGGAAGAAAAGAACGUUGAUUUCUCUGUUCAACCGAUGGAGAUGAGUUGGAGUGAUGCUGUGCUUGAUCUUUUGGGAAACUUGGCGUUGCCACUCAUAUUGCUGGGAAGUUUGUUGUUGAGAUCAGGAGGUCCGAAUUCCCCUGGAGGACCCAAUUUGCCAUUUGGACUUGGCAGGAGCAAAGCCAAAUUCCAGAUGGAACCAAACACCGGAGUAACAUUCGGCGACGUCGCCGGAGUCGACGAAGCCAAACAAGAUUUUCAAGAAAUCGUUGAGUUCCUAAAAACCCCUGAAAAAUUCUCAUCAAUAGGCGCCAAAAUCCCCAAGGGAGUCCUCCUAACCGGGCCGCCUGGAACAGGGAAGACACUACUGGCCAAGGCCAUCGCCGGAGAAGCAGGGGUUCCCUUCUUCUCCCUCUCGGGUUCGGAGUUCAUCGAGAUGUUCGUCGGCGUCGGAGCGUCGAGGGUCAGGGACUUGUUCAACAAGGCGAAGGCCAAUGCGCCGUGUUUGGUGUUCAUCGACGAGAUUGAUGCAGUAGGGAGACAGAGAGGGACUGGGAUUGGCGGAGGAAAUGAUGAGCGGGAGCAGACUCUGAAUCAGUUGCUUACUGAGAUGGAUGGGUUUAGUGGGAAUACAGGGGUUAUUGUGAUUGCGGCGACGAAUCGGCCCGAGAUUCUCGACUCUGCUUUGCUAAGAGCGGGAAGGUUCGACAGACAGGUGAGCGUUGGAUUACCAGACGUGAGAGGAAGGGAAGAGAUCCUGAAAGUACACAGCAAGAACAAGAAGCUGGACACUCGAAACGUCUCCCUCAGCGUCAUCGCAAUGCGGACGCCCGGAUUCAGCGGCGCCGACUUGGCAAACUUGAUGAACGAGGCAGCCAUUCUCGCCGGCCGGCGAGGUAGAGACGUGAUCACGUCGAAAGAGAUCGACGACUCCAUCGACAGGAUCGUCGCCGGGAUGGAAGGCACCGCGAUGACCGAUGGAAGGAGCAAGAUGCUCGUCGCUUACCACGAGAUCGGCCACGCCGUUUGCGCGACGUUGACUGCCGGUCACGAUCCGGUCCAGAAGGUGAGCUUGAUCCCGCGCGGCCAGGCUCGGGGGCUGACGUGGUUCAUUCCGCAAGAUGAUCCGACUCUUGUUUCAAAGCAGCAGCUUUUUGCUCGGAUUGUUGGAGGGCUUGGCAGCAGAGCGGCGGAGGAGGUCAUAUUUGGGGAGCCGGAAAUUACCACCGGCGCGGCAGGGGAUCUUCUGCAAGUUACCCAGGUUCCUCGGCAAAUGGUGACGAUGUUUGGGAUGUCGGAGAUCGGGCCGUGGGCGCUGACGGAUCCGGCGGUGCAAAGCGGGGAUGUGGUGUUGAGGAUGCUGGCCAGGAAUUCUAUGUCGGAGAAACUGGCUGAGGAUAUAGACUCCGCCGUUCGCCGGAUAAUUGGGAAAGCUUACGAGAUUGCCAAGGAACAUGUAAGGAACAACAGGGAAGCAAUUGACAAACUCGUGGAGGUGCUGCUAGAGAAGGAAACUGUUAGCGGGGAUGAAUUCAGGGCCGUUCUCUCUGAAUUUGCCGACAUUUCUGCCAACAGAGUCAAGACAUUGCAAGUUGUAGAAGCAGCCAAUACUUAAAGCCAUGCCUAUGUUAAUGAUAUCAUACAGAACAGUCAGUUGACUGGAAAGUAGCUCACCACCAGUCGAGCCGAUAGGAUAUACAUAAGAUUAUGGAAAUUUUGAUGUUAGUGAUGCAUAUCCAUACUAAACCCAGCAUUAUUCA